AUGCCAAGACUCCAAUCUCAUUGCGAGCUAAGGCGUCUUUGCAACCCGCUGGCCUCUUCUUUCUUCUUCUUUUUCUCAUUCACGUCCAAGAUGUCGGAAUCGAGAGCUCGCAGACAAGAGGAAUCCAACUCCGGAUUCAAGGGUGCCCUCCAGGGCCUUGGAAUCUUCCUUUUGGUCCAAUUCGGUAUCAACCAGUAUAUGGGCAAGAAUAGUGCCUCUACUCCCGUUGAAAAUGCAGGUGGUAUCCCCGCCUUUGCCGAUCGCCCCCAUCCCAGCGAAUACACCGAGCAGAGCGCCCUCCCGGAUCUCAUCGCCCCAAUCUGGCCCGCCGACAGCGCUGUUGAUCUGAGCAUCUAUGUGACUCCCUCGAUCGUUGUUCCCAAGUUCACUUCCUCCGAUAGCAUUCUUGUGCUGCAGGAGAAGAACUUCACCAUUGGAAACUAUAGCGACACCCGCGAAAUCGACACCACCACCCCAACUUCACCGUCCCGCCAGUAUGUCCAGCUGGAGCGCACUGGUGCUCGCGACAGCACCGGAAACCACGGAUGGUACUACCCGAUCGCUUUUGUCAACACUUUCUGGCAAUUGAAGACCCAUAUGACCGAGCUUAACUCCACCGUCAAGACUGUGCCCAUGCACAUCACUAUCAACAACAUGGCAAAUUGGAAGUUCAGCAUUAUCAGCAGCGUUGACGAGGGCUCCAAGCAAAGCUCUCGCCAAGCUGCCUAUGGUGGUUCUGCUCCUGGUGGCGGUGAUGGAACCGAGUGGGAGAUGGUCAAGGAGAUUCUCCUGGAUACUAACAUCUGGCUCCUCGGCACCACUGGUAUUGUUACCAUUCUGCACAUGCUGUUUGAGACCUUGGCUUUCAAGAAUGAUAUUGCCCACUGGCGCAAGAAGAAGGAUGUCGUUGGUACUUCCGUCCGCACUAUCUUGGCAAACGUCUUUAUGCAAGCCGUCAUUUUCCUCUACCUUGUGGACAACAGCGACAACACCUCUUGGAUGAUUCUAGCUAGCCAAGGAUUUGGUAUCCUGCUCGAAUUCUGGAAGAUCACCAAGACCGUUGACGUCCGCCUGCGCCCACCUCCCGCUAGCUCCUUGUUCUCCUUCCUGCCGUAUGUUAUUGUCUUUGAGGACAAGCACAAGCUCAGCGAGACCGAAGAGAAGACCAAGGAAUACGAUGAGAUUGCCUUCCGCUAUCUUUACAUUCUGGCCGUGCCUCUCCUGCUCGCAUACGCCGCCUACAGCUUGGUCUACAACACCCACAAGUCUUGGUACUCAUACAUCAUUGAGACUCUUGUAGGCAGUGUUUACGCCUACGGCUUCCUGAUGAUGGUGCCCAGUCUCUACAUCAACUACCGCUUGAAGUCUGUCGCGCACAUGCCCGGCAAGGCCUUGACCUACAAGUUCCUGAACACCUUCAUCGAUGACCUCUUCGCUUUCACCGUCAAGAUGCCUUGGCUUCACCGCCUUGCCACUCUCCGUGACGACGUCAUCUUCUUCGUCUGGCUCUACCAAGGCUGGAAGUACAAGGUUGAUUACAAGCGUGUCAACGAGUUUGGACAGGGUGGCGACAGCGACGAGGAAGAGGAGGCUACUCCUGUCAUUGAAGACAAGAAGGAGGAGGUGGCUGCCAAGUCAUCCUCCAAGGCUACUCCCAAGUCGGAUACCCGCAAGAGAAAGUAG